UUCUAGGCCCAUACUCGGAAGCUUUCCAGAUUUAUCUAUUCCCCUGUACAAAAGCAUAGUCUCUUCGUUUCUCAUCUCCAUCAUACGAACAAACACCUUCUGUAUUCUGCAAUUGACACACACACAUUUUCACACUCACACGCUCUCAAACAAACAAUCAACCAAUUUUCAUCUGAUCAAAGUUUUGGUUGAAGUAGUGGUUUGUUGGCAAUGGAUCCUGGAAAAUUUACACACAAAACAAAUGAAGCUCUGUCUGGGGCUCACGAGCUUGCGAUGAAUGCGGGCCAUGUGCAAUUCACUCCGCUUCAUAUUGCAGUGUCUCUGAUCUCUGAUCCUAAUGGCAUUUUUCGACAAGCUGUAGCUAAUGCUGGUGGUAGUGAGGAGGCAGCGAAUUCUGUUGAAAGGGUUCUCAAUCAGGCUCUGAAAAAGAUUCCCUCUCAGUCACCUGCACCGGACCAAAUUCCUGCAAGUACUUCUUUGAUCAAGGUUAUUAGGCGAGCACAAUCAGCUCAGAAGUCGCGAGGGGAUACUCAUUUGGCGGUUGAUCAGUUGAUUUUGGGCCUUUUGGAGGAUUCUCAGGUGGCUGAUCUUUUUAAAGAAGCUGGGGUUAGUGCGGCGAAAAUUAAGGCAGAGGUUGAGAAGCUUCGCGGAAAGGAAGGGAAGAAGGUGGAGAGUGCUACUGGGGAUACUAAUUUUCAGGCGCUGAAGACGUAUGGACGAGACCUUGUGGAGCAAGCAGGGAAGCUUGAUCCGGUUAUUGGAAGGGAUGAGGAGAUUCGGAGAGUUGUAAGGAUUCUUUCGAGGAGGACUAAGAAUAAUCCUGUCCUAAUUGGGGAGCCCGGAGUGGGCAAAACUGCUGUUGUUGAGGGUUUAGCUCAGAGGAUUGUUAGGGGAGAUGUUCCGAGUAAUCUUUCUGAUGUGAGGCUAAUUGCGUUGGACAUGGGGGCUUUAGUUGCUGGGGCCAAAUAUAGAGGAGAGUUUGAAGAAAGGCUGAAAUCUGUGUUGAAAGAAGUUGAAGAUGCUGAUGGGAAAGUGAUCCUAUUCAUUGAUGAGAUUCACCUUGUUCUAGGUGCUGGUCGGGCAGAAGGGUCGAUGGAUGCAGCGAAUUUGUUCAAGCCAAUGCUUGCGAGAGGGCAGCUGCGAUGCAUUGGGGCUACAACUUUGGAGGAAUACAGGAAAUAUGUGGAAAAAGAUGCUGCCUUUGAGAGGCGUUUCCAACAAGUCUAUGUAGCAGAACCUAGUGUACUUGACACGAUUAACAUCCUCCGGGGCCUGAAGGAGAGGUAUGAAGGACAUCAUGGUGUUCGAAUUCAGGACAGAGCUCUUGUUAAUGCAGCACAGUUGUCAAGCCGAUACAUAACUGGGAGACAUUUGCCUGACAAGGCAAUUGAUCUAAUUGAUGAAGCUUGUGCAAAUGUAAGGGUGCAGCUUGAUAGUCAGCCCGAAGAAAUAGAUAAUCUGGAGAGGAAGAGAAUGCAGUUAGAAAUUGAGCUUCAUGCCCUUGAGAAAGAGAAGGACAAAGUUAGCAAAGCUCGGGUUGGAGAAGUGAAAAAGGAGCUUGAUGAUCUACGUGAUAAGCUUCAGCCACUAAUGAUGAAAUACAAAAAGGAGAAAGAGAGGAUUGAUGAGAUUCGCAGACUCAAGCAAAAGAGAGAGGAGCUAAAUUUUGCAGCUCAAGAAGCUGAAAGGAGGAGUGAUUUGGCUAGGGUUGCAGAUCUGAGAUACGGAGCACUUAUGGAAGUGGAGAGUGCAUUAGCAAGGCUUGAAGGGAAUACAGAUGAAAACGUAAUGCUCACAGAAACUGUUGGUCCAGAGCAAAUUGCAGAAGUUGUGAGUCGGUGGACUGGUAUUCCUGUUACAAGGCUAGGACAGAAUGAGAAAGACAGGUUGAUUGGUCUUGCUGAUAGGCUCCACGGAAGGGUGGUGGGCCAAGAUCAAGCUGUUAGUGCUGUUGCAGAAGCUGUUCUUAGGUCCAGGGCAGGACUGGCAAGGGCACAGCAGCCAACCGGUUCAUUCCUCUUCUUGGGUCCGACUGGUGUUGGGAAGACGGAGCUUGCUAAGGCUCUCGCAGAACAACUCUUUGACGAUGAUAAACUUUUGAUCAGGAUUGAUAUGUCAGAGUAUAUGGAGCAGCACUCGGUUGCUCGAUUAAUUGGAGCUCCACCAGGCUAUGUUGGGCAUGAGGAAGGUGGGCAACUUACUGAAGCUGUGAGGAGGCGGCCUUAUAGUGUUGUACUCUUUGAUGAAAUAGAGAAAGCUCAUGGUAGUGUUUUUAAUACAUUACUUCAAGUAUUGGAUGAUGGGAGGUUAACGGAUGGCCAGGGCCGCACUGUGGACUUCACCAACACUGUGAUCAUAUUGACUUCGAAUCUUGGUGCUGAAUAUCUCUUGUCUGGAUUGAUGGGCAAGUGUACAAUGGCUGAUGCUCGUAAUAUGGUCAUGCAAGAAGUGAAAAGAAACUUUAAGCCGGAGCUACUAAAUAGGCUUGAUGAGAUUGUGGUUUUUGAUCCACUUUCUCAUGAUCAACUAAGAAAGGUUGCUAGGCUUCAGUUAAAGGAUGUUGCUAGUCGCCUGGCGGAGAUGGGUGUUGCUUUAGGUGUUUCUGAAUCAGCACUAGAUGUCAUACUCGCAGAGAGUUAUGAUCCGGUUUAUGGAGCUAGGCCGAUUAGGAGAUGGCUAGAGAAGAAAGUGGUGACCGAGUUAUCAAAAAUGCUUGUGAAGGCGGAGAUAGAUGAGAACUCCACCGUGUACAUCGAUGCUGAUCUAACCGGAAAAGAGCUGAGCUAUAGAGUGGAGAAGAAUGGCGGGCUUGUGAAUGCCGUCACCGGACAGAAGUCCGACAUACUAAUCCAAAUUCCCAAUGGACCUCGGAAUGAAGCUGCACAGGCAGUAAAGAAGAUGAGAAUCGAGGAAAUAGAAGACGAUGAUGAGAUGGAUCAAGAGUAGAUAGUCUGAGCCUGUUUUUGUUGGUGAAUCUUCUCUAAUGCAGUGAUGUGAAUCUGUUUUGUACUUGUGAUAAAGUUGUUCAACGGGGCUAGAAUUUACCCCUUUUUAUGCGUCUGCAAGUUUGUGUAAUAAAAUGUAACAUUUCUAUUUAA